AUGGCACGUGGACAUCAAAAAGCAUUGUCACAACAAAGAAAUGCUGAAAAACAGGCGAAAAUGAAGAAAGGAGUGAGUUUUUUGAAGAAUUUUGGAAUUUGAAACAAGAAUUGAUAAAACUGAAUUUUUUCCGGAAUUAAAAUUUUAAAAUAUUUGAGAAAACAAUUUCAGAAAAACUACUGUAAAUUAAUUUUUUUGAAAGAUAUUUGGCUUUUUUUUUUCAAUGGAAAUGAAAAUGUUUAAAAAAAUUUGAUUUGAUUAUGAAUUUCAAAAACUAUAUUCAGGGAAGCGACCAAAAAACAGCCGCUGCAGCUUCACUUCACCACAAAUGCACAGUCUGCAUGGUAAGUUUUUCUUCAUUUUUUCUCUCGAAACCCCUCAGAGAUUCGCUGGCCAGCUCGCCACCAGGUGGGGAGGCUGGCUGACCUGGGAACCACAUGAAAACCAUGUCGCCCGGUUUUUUUUCGCUGGCAAGGUGGCCAAGCCCUGGCUAGGUCAAGCCCACAUGGCUACCAUGUGGUGGCCACUUCGCCACGUCAAAAUGAAUUUUCAUGAAAAUGUCUGAAAAACUUGUGAAUUGAGGCAUUUUCGAACAAAUUGGCUCAUUUUCUGUUUUUUCGCAGCACUUGAAACCUUAUGAAGUGAAAAAACAGUAGAAAAUGCAGUGUUUUGAGUACAAACCACCGUCUUGCCAGCUUUCCAGGAUUUAAAACACACAGGCCACGUCGCCGGAAAACUCAAGGCGACCUGGCGGCCAUGCGGUUUCCAGGUGGCCGCAGCGAUCUGGUGGCGAGCUGGCCAGCGAAUCUCUGAGCCAAUUUUUUGCAGAGUAUGAUGCCUGAUCCAAAAACCUACAAGCAACAUUUCGAAAGCAAACAUCCAAAAGCCGAAUUACCCGCUGAACUUGUAGGUGUUCAAGCCUAA